AUGAAGAAAGAAAUCUACCAGGCAGCAGCUACUGGAAAUGUAGAGUUUCUCAAAGAAGCCAAGGCCAAAGACGUGGAAGCCGCGGCGGCUAUCUACAGCGACGACGAUCUCCUUGGGUUAACAAGCCAAGGUAAUAACAUCAUCCAUGUCGCUGCCCUAUUUGGUCACCUUGAGUUCAUCAAGGCUGCUUUGGAAUGCUUUGAACUCGCUGACCAAAGAGAGCUCAUUUGCAAAACAAACUCCGAUGGUGAUACACCUCUCCAUUUUGCUGCCAAACAACGUACUCAAGCACUAGCUGAGCUCCUUAUUACCUCCUACCACCGCCUUUUCACUUCAGAGGAUAAAGAGGGAGAAAAUCAGAUGAUGGCAGCGGCGUCCCCCUGGAGGGUGCAAAAUGUAGAGGGUAACACCCCGCUUCAUGUGGCAUUGAUGAAUGGAGGCAAAAGUAUUCAAGUUGCUGCUUACUUGACUGAGGUUGGUCCUGAAGUGGCUGCCUACACUAACAAUCUCAAACAAACUCCACUUCAUCUCGCCGUUAUGUAUGACGCUAAAGGUACUGAAAUGUCAGCGAUACAUAUGAUAAACUCGCUUAAUAACCAAGGGGCAGCAUUGUCUACCAAAAGUUUUAGUUUCGUACAAGAAAAGGAAGACAUCUCACUAUCCUUGGUAAGGUCGUUAUUACAGACAAAUAGUGAGGUAUGUUGUUUAUGUGAUGCAGAUGGGAUGACCCCUCUACUUAAAGCUGCAGUUCGCUCUAAUUUACUUGUUGUUAAUGCCAUAAUCAAUUGAGGUAUGUGAUCCAAAGGGCAAAAAUGUGUUACAUUACAUAAGAUUUCCGACUUUCUUAGAUGCAAGGAGAUUUUUGGAAAAGCCAGAAAUUCCUGUGUUGCUCGUCAAUAAGCAGGAUCAUGACGGGAACACACCAAUGCAUAUAGCUAUGAUGAACCAUGAUUUCAGAAUGGUGAAAGCUAUGGUUGAACAUAAUGCUAAUUUUUCCAUAGAAAAUAAGGAGGGUGUUUCUGCACAAACUCUUUUUGAUCACUUUGUCAUCAACAACAAUCUGGAUGUUUCAGCCGAAGCUCAAAUUGAGUCAAAACUGAACAA